AUAUGCCCCUCCUUCUGAAUGAAAUGCUCUUCAAAGCCCGGAUGAUCACUGCCGCGCAGCAAAACCCAAUGAAGAGGAACGGGUGAGAUAUCGGCUCUCUAAUCGGUCAUUUUCCUGAGGAGAAUAGCAGCCCAAUGACAGCUGAGAUUGAGGAUGCCCUAGUAUGAGCCGGAGGAGCAGUAGCAGCCCCAGCCUGUGGACCGUACUGCCUCAGAGUGGCCCUGCACCAUGUGAACGCUACAAGCACGCCUGCUGCUCCUACGGGGACAGUGUCUUUGUGUUGGGAGGGAGGGAGAGCCACUCGCUCAGGGACUUCUGGAGGUAUAAUGUUGUACGCAAUGAGUGGACAGAGUUGGACUGUAGCUGUGAGGCAGCACCUGAGGAGCUUCAGGAACAUUCCAUGGUGGCCCAUCAGGGUGUUCUGUAUGUCUUCGGUGGAAUGAUUGAUUCUGCGUACACUAUAUGGAAAACCCCCCUCUGGGUGUUUGAUAUUGUGAAAGAGCAGUGGGUGUCCUGGCAGGAUAGGAACCCCCCUCAGAAUCAGGUGCCAGUCAACAGGAAGGGCCACAGUGCCGUGGUGUUUAGCUCUGCCAUGUACAUCUACGGAGGAUACAUUGACAUGAGAGCCUCAUCACAGGAGUUUUGGAAGUUAGAACUUGACACUAUGGUGUGGUCCCUGCUGGACUGUACCCAGACAGAGGUGGGUCCAGGUCCCAGACACAGCCACUCUGCCAUGACACAUCUGGACUGCAUGUACCUUUUCGGGGGUCUGAGAGGCCUGAGGGAGCAGAGGGAUCUGUGGAGAUGGAACUCUACCAGUCAUUCCUGGAGCUGUCUCAAUGCCACAUCAGGCCCCUCUAAGCUGGUGGGCCACUCAACUGUGGUCUACCGGGACAGCAUGCUUCUGUUUGGAGGAGGAGAGAGCCAGCACACACCCAGGAGCUGUCUAUGGAGGUACAGCUUCACCACCCAGACCUGGGGGAAGCUAGCCGUGCUACCCGGCUCCAACCCACCUCCCCACAGGAUCUACCACUGCUGUGCUGGCCUGGGCCCUAGCUACCAGCCUUCCGUGACCACAACCACCAGCACCACCCUGAUCCCCAGCACCACCAUCAGAAACAGACUUGACAGCAAGAUACGGCCGUUCAAGAACAAAUGCUUCCCAUCCUCCUCAAAGACAGAGGGCACUAUAGAGCUGGAGACGUUUAGUAGCUCGGAGAAGCUAUUGACUGAAGUGGGGGACUAUUGUAAUGGUCUAAGUGGGAAUGACACUCAGCGGUUUGGGAAUUGUCUGACCUUUGAGAACCAGGAGGCCUUCAGUAAGCAGUGGAGCUGUGAGAAUAUAGAGGAGGAUGGUUCAGGUAAACCAGAGGAGAGCCAUGAGAGCAUAGCACAAAACCUGCCUGAUUUGCUACUGGUGCUGGGGGGAAAGCCCUUAGUUAGACACACGGUCAUCUCUGUGUGGCAGAUGACAUUGGCUGACUUCUGAGCUUUGAGAGAAGGGAUGACAUUUUAAACUACAGUGCCUUGGAGAGUAUUCAUCCCCCCUUAGCGUAUUUCCUAUUUUGUUGCGUUACAACCUGUAAUUUAAAUGGAUUUUUGGCAGGAUUUCAUGUAAUGGACAUACACAAAAUAGUCCAAAUUGGUGAAGUGAAAUGAAAAAAAUUACUUGUUUCAAAAAUAAAUAAAAAUAAAUAAAAAAAUGGAAAAGUGGUGCAUAUGUAUUCACCCCAUUUGCUAUGAAGCCCCUAAAUAAGAUCUGGUGCAACCAAUUACCUUCAGAAGUCACAUAAUUAGUUCAAUAAAGUGCACCUGUGUGCAAUCUAAGUGUCACAUGAUCUGUCACAUGAUCUCAGUAUAUAUACACACCUGUUCUGAAACGCCCCAGAGUCUGCAACACCACCAAGCAAGCGGCACCAUGAAGACCAAGGAGCUCUCCAAACAGGUCAGAGACAAAGUUGUGGAGAAGUACAGAUCAGGGUUGGGUUAUAAAACAAUAUCUGAAACUUUGAACAUCCCACGGAGCACUAUUUAAUCCAUUAUUAAAAAAUGGAAAAAAUAUCGCACCACAACAAACCUGCCAAGAGAGGGCCGCCCACCAAAACUCAUGGACCAGGCAAGGAGGGCAUUAAUUAGAGAGGCAACAAAGAGACCAAAAAUAACCCUGAAGGAGCUGCAAAGCGCCACAGUGGAGAUUGGAGUAUCUGUACAUAGGACCACUUUAAGCUGCACACUCCACAGAGUUGGGCUUUAUGGAAGAGUGGCCAGAAAAAAAGCCAUUGCUUAAAGAAAUAAAUAAGCAAAUGCAUUUGGUGUUCGCCAAAAGACAUGUGGGAGACUCCCCAAACAUAUGGAAGAAGGUACUCUGGUCAGAUGAGACUAAAAUUGAGCUUUUUGGCCAUCAAGGAAAACGCUAUGUCUGGCGCAAACCCAACACCUCCCAUCACCCGAGAACACCAUCCCUACAGUGAAGCAUGGUGGUGGCAGCAUCAUGCUAUGGGGAUGUUUUUCAUUGGCAGGGACUGGGAAACUGGUCAGAAUUGAAGGAAUGAUGGAAGGCACUAAAUACAGGGAAAUUCUUGAGGGAAACCUGUUUCAGUCUUCCAGAGAUUUGAGACUGGGACUGAGAUUCACCUUCCAGCAGGAAAAUGACCCUAAGCAUACUGCUAAAGCAACACUUGAGUGGUUUAAGGGGAAACAUUUAAAUGUCUUGGAAUGGCCUAGUCAAAGCCCAGACCUCAAUCCAAUUGAGAAUAUGUGGUAUGACUUAACGAUUGUGGUACAAUAGCAGAACCCAUCCAACUUGAAGGAGCUGGAGCAGUUUUGCCUUGAAGAAUUGGAAAAAAUCCCAGUGGCUGGAUGUGCCAUGCUUAUAGAGACAUACCACAAGAGACUUGCAGCUGUAAUUGCUGACUUGCAGCUGUAAUUACUGCAAAAGGUGGCUCUACGAAGUAUUGACUUUAUGGGUGGUGGGGGGGAGGGGGGGUGAAUAGUUAUGCACACUCAAGUUCAGUUUUUUUGUCUUAUUUCUUGUUUGUUUCACAAUAAAACAUAUUUUACAUCUUCAAAGUGGUGGGCAUGGUAGGCAUGUUGUGUAAAUCAAAUGAUACAAACCCCCAAAAAUCUAGUUUAAUUCCAGUUUGCAUGACAACAAAAUAGGACAAAUGCCAAGGGGGUGAAUACUUUCACAAGCCACUGUAUUUAAAAGAAAAAUGGCAUAUAUUUAUAUGGAAAUGUAUCACAAAGCAUGGGUGUGAUGCAGCUGUUGAUGCAUAGCGUUCCCACGCUAAGGUGUUAUUUAGUCCACAUAUCAGUCCCAAAUAUACUGUACAUAUCUUAAUCUUUGUUUAUUCAGCUGAAUAAUCGUUCAGUUUUAAGAAAACAAUUCAGCAAAUCUAUUUUGCAGAGAAUCCAAAAAAUAAUCAUUGUACCUAUAUUCCCAAGUGUUAUGUUUUAGAUAGUUAAAAAAGGACAUUGUUGUCAAUGUUAAACCAAGUGUUAAACCACAUUAAUUAUGAAAUUGUUUGUACUCAAAAAUAUUGCAUUUUUUAUGUUUUGUGUUUGUGAAAAUGGGAGAAUAUCCCCAAUUAACACAUUGGUUUUGAAAUAUUGUAUACAUUUUAGCAAUUACAUUUACUUUUGAUACUUAAGUUUAUUAAAACCAAAUGCUUUUUGACUUUU